CUCUGUGGUGACGCAGAUUGUAUCUGGAGUUUGGAAUUACACUGUGACGAUGAACGCCUACAACGACUCCGGCCACAUGAACCUCAUCAACGCAAACACUGAGGUCGGGCUGAACCAGAAGAUCUGGGUGGAGCUGAAGACGGAUGGCCUGGACAACAACAUAGUCGCCGUGGUCACCGACUCCUGCUGGGCAUCCAACGACUCGUCACCCAACGGGACCCUGCGAUAUGACCUCGUCAAAGACGGAUGCCCGAACGCCGCUGACAAGACGGUGAUGAUGGAGGGAAACGGAGUGGGAACGUCCAACGGCUUCUCUUUCAACAUGUUCGAGUUCUCUGGGAAAACCGGCGCCAUCUACCUGCACUGCCAACUGGAGCUGUGCCUCAAACAGAACGGCUGCGCUCGGAGCUGUGGAGGUGUCAGGAAGCGCAGAUCUCUCAGGUCCAAGUAUGCCAGUGGAAACCCAGCCCUCAUCUCUAUGACCUGGACUAAGUAGGUAAAGACAUCUCCCUUCUCAUUAAUUACAUGGCUGUGUAUAAAGCCGCUCACAGUUAAAGAUUGAUCUUAAGUGUGUCUUUAAUUUAGAAUUAAGUGCCUUUCAUAAACAUUUAAAUUAUUUAAGAGGGC